AUGCAAAUUGAGCUGCGACGAAAUUGUGAGAACAUUUUGCUGAAAGAUCUUCACGAGGUCUUUUCCCGUCUGGUGCGCGUUCAAAGUCGUGGGGUGUUUGUUGACAUCGGAAAGAAGGCGGGAGAGUGGGGUGGCACCGCCAUCUGUCGAGUCUGUCGUCAAACUCUUCUUUCAUCCACCACAGGGAGCCGCUCCGGCGGUAGUCAGGAGAUUGGCGGACCACACCAACCUCCUCUUUUGGUAUUUCAAUGCUCUCACGUCUUUCAUCAGGCCUGCCUCUCACGCUUCGGCCGAGUUUUCGCCUGCCCUGUGUGCGUGCAAGAGCGAACGGGAGCUGCUCAGAAUACCUUGCAUCAAGUAUGA